AUGGCAUUUGUUAUUUCAAUUCUUGAGGAAAUUAGUGGGGUUGAAGCACUUGGAAAGGCAGCAAAAAUUGUCAAGGGCAUGAAGAUUCAUGGAUUUCUUCAAAAUCUUAUAUUUAUAGUAAUAAUUGGUGCUUUGAUUCGAGGAAUAUGGUUUAUUAAGCCUGGACAAGCUGAGGGAAUUGAAAUGAUUAUUGGGUUACUUGUUAUAAAUUCUACAAAUCUUGUUAGAAUGGUAUUUUUGGUGAUGUAUACUAUGUUUUACUUGCAAUGCAAGAAAAACCAUGGAGAAGAAGUUAAAAUAUUGCAAGAUAGUGUGGAGUAUACUAAUCUACUUACUACAUCACUAGUUGAUGAAGAUAUUGUAUAA